CUUUUCACCCUUCAAUUCCUGACGUGCAGAUCCCGUAAACUUCCCGUUUUUGUUAAAUCCGUAACGUAUUGCACAAAUUCCUGGGCACAAUUUAAGGCAGAACGAAAGCCUCGGGAGUGUUUUUGUAUUUAACCAAUCAAUCGCUACUUUAUAUUAGCAAGAAGUUUCAGGCCCGACAACCAAAAAUGCCAGGUUCGAGAAAAAUGAUCCUAAAACACGUGAUGUCCGGCAUAUGCACCAAAAUGAACCGCAACAAGCAAUUACCCUCUGACCUCAUGGAAACCCCAUUGAAUAGAUGCUUGAAUACUUUCGAUAUCACCCUGCUCGGGGUGGGCCAUAUGGUAGGAGCAGGAAUCUACGUAUUAACAGGAACAGUAGCCAAAGACAUGGCGGGUCCAGGCAUAAUCCUGUCCUUCCUGCUGGCAGGACUCGCAUGCCUACUAUCAGCCCUGUGUUACGCAGAAUUCGGCACCAGGGUGCCUAAAGCAGGCAGCGCCUACGUUUACACUUAUAUCAGCAUAGGAGAGUUUUGGGCUUUCGUUAUCGGUUGGAAUAUACUGCUAGAGCAUAUGAUCGGUGCUGCGUCUGUUGCCAGAGCCUGGAGCGGUUAUGUGGAUUCCCUUUUCGGUGGUGUCAUAAGUAACUCCACGAUUUCCUUUACUGGAGAACUGCACGAGCAACUUUUGGGCAGGUAUCCGGACUUUUUGGCUUUCGCGGUUUGUUUGAUGUAUGCCUUACUGUUAGGUGUUGGUGUGAAGGGUUCUGCCAUGGUAAACAGUUUCCUGACGAUUAUCAAUUUGUCUGUGAUGGCCGUAGUGAUCGUGAUGGGACUGUAUUAUGCUAGGGAGGAGAAUUGGUCCAAGAAGGGCGGGUUUCUCCCUUAUGGGUUUGGAGGCGUUAUAGCAGGUGCUGCCACAUGUUUCUACGCCUUCGUCGGGUUCGACAGCAUAGCGACCUCCGGAGAAGAAGCCAAAAAUCCGUCAUUUUCAAUUCCGAUAGCCACCAUAGUGUCCAUGGCAAUAGUGACCGUGGGGUACGUCCUAGUUAGUGCUGCUUUAACCCUAUUGGUUCCUUACUAUGAGAUUAAUCCAAGUGCUGCUUUGCCGGACGCGUUCUCGAACGUAGGACAACACUGGAUCAAAUACGUGGUGUCUUUGGGGGCCAUUUGCGGCAUGACCACCACGUUAUUCGGUUCGUUAUUUUCUUUGCCGCGCUGUAUGUACGCUAUGGCUAGCGAUGGCUUACUCUUUGGGUUUCUUGGUAACGUCAACAGUAAAACUCAACUACCUUUGGCGAACUUAGUGAUUUCCGGACUAUCCUCCGCCCUGAUAGCUUUACUGUUCGACUUGGAGAAGUUGGUCGAGUUUAUGUCGAUCGGUACCCUGCUUGCCUACACUAUAGUGAGCGCCAGUGUCAUUAUUUUACGCUACAGACCUAGCUAUGAGACUAUGGCCUGUAAGCCUAUUAGUGCCUCCACCCCCGGAUCCGAAGUGUCAGUGUCCACCUCAGAAAUGACCACCCCAGUAUCGGAAAUCAUCAAUAUCACUGGUACCUUAAGGGUUCAGUACAGCUGGUUAGGGCCGAUUUUUGGAAACUGUGAGCCAGGAAGUGUGGUUACUGGAUCGGUUUUUCUCUAUACCAUCUUCAGUUGUGCCCUGUGCACCCUUUUCCAAAUGUCCACCCACGAUUUGCAAUCGGGCAUAUGGUGGACGGUGGUGCUAGCCACGUUUUUUAUAGUCAUAAUGGCCGGAUAUCGCCUCCCUGGUAAACACACUGGUAAUCAAUGUAUCCUUAUCCAUCCCGCUAAUAAUUUCAAAAACAAAGCGAACGACCAUGUGCGAGGCUUCGAAAAAUACUAAGCUCAAUUUACUGUGAGAUGCGCCUAGGUACAAGGACAAUGCUAAGUGAGGUGCGAUGUGCGGUGCUUCGUUAUGACCGCCCACUCAUAGAUAUUGAUCACAUUGUGCUUGCGAGAAAAGUAAAUAUGUGGUCACUACAUCAAAUCCAUCAAUAUUCUUAUGCAAUAGUACUCUUAAGAAAAAGUUGAGCUCGUUACUUUUUUACAUAUAAAUCAGUUAAAUAAACGCACUUCUUUUUUUAUUAGACUCCAUUAGUAUUAAAUAGGAUUUUUAGGUUCUCCUGCACGGUUAUCUUUCAAUAAUUCAGAAACUCUUAGACAUAAAAUGUAGAUUAUUUCUGACCAAAGAUUGUGUAUUAGAAGUGGUAUUUUGUGUGUGUAUUGGUCAAUUGUUGAAGGAAAUUAUUUGUUGUACAUCUUUACUAUUUUAAGAUCUGGUGUCCCCAAGAUGCCCACUUCGGUAGAUUCAGGAUAGUGGCAUUCGUGGUGAAGAAACUAUACCAUAUAAGUAGGCUUCCUGAAACCGAUAUUCCUAUUUUAGUUUUUUCACCACAACGGCCAGAAUAUAUAGACUGCUGAUGAGUUUCUUCAUCAAAAAGUUCCUCACAAGUUUCUUUGUAACUAUAACCAACUCGGAUCUAUUGAGUAGUUUUUCCAUAGAUUCAGAAAAAUCCUAAUACUAUCAAAGGCUUUACAAAAAUCAAAAUAUCUUAAAAACGUAUGUACCGAUUUUACUGAUUUCUGUUUUAUAUGAUGAGCUUAUUUACCAAAAAGGUCCUAAACAGUUUCCUGGUAACUACAACCGUCUUGGAGUUAUUAAGUAGUUUUUCCAUGGGUUGAAAAAAAUCUUGAUACCGUCAAAGGCUUUACCAAAAUCCAAAUAUCUUCGAAACUCGUGUACCGAUUUUAUUAAUUUUGAUUUCAUAUGAAAGCUCAUGAGUUUCUUUACCCCAUUUAUAAGUUUUCGUAUAACUACAACCGUUUUCUAGUUAUUGACGAGUUGAGAUGUUCUUUUUAAGAAAAUAACUUAAACAUCUACUAAGAUACAUUUAUUAAAAAACUACUUUCUUAUAAAAAAAAAAUAAAUUCAAAAGACACGAUAAAUGGUUAAGUCCUCAAAACAUAAUUUUUCUUUUUUUGCUGCUGCAAGUAGGGCAUUUAAACACCACUACGGCCUUAGGACCAAAAUCCGCGCAUAGUGUGUGGGCCCACUUAUAACACACAGUGCAGCGAAUUCAGUCUUCACCUUCGUGGUCAUCUGAAUAAAGACCACUGCAAUAAAUGCACUCCGCAUCUUCAUCAGAUAUUGGGUCGUCUGCAGAGUCAUCCAUAUAUUGGGCUUCGCCUUCUUCAUCAUCAGUUGAUACUGUCAAAAGCCUUAUAAAAAUUCAUAUAUCUUAAAAACUCGUUUACCGAAUUGAUAGAUUUUAGUUUCAUAUGAAAGUCGACGAGUUUCUUUACCAAAAAAGUCCUUACAAGUUUCCUUGUAACUACAACGAUCUUGCGAGUUAUUGAGUCGUUUUCCCAUGGAUUGAAACAAAUCUUGAUACCAUCAAAGGCUUUACAAAAAUCUGAAUAUCUUGAAAACUCAUAAACCAAUUUUACUGAUUUUGGUUUCAUCUGAAAGCUACCGAGUUUCUUUACCAAAAUGGUCCUUACAAGUUUUCUUGUAACUACUACCGUUUUCUAGUUAUUGACGACUUUUUCCUUGGAUUUAAAGAAUCUUGAUACUGUCAAAGUCUUUACAAAAAUCCAAGUAUCUCAGAAACUCUUGUACCGAUUUUAUUCAUUUUAGUUUCAUAUAAAGGCUGAUUAAUUUCUCCACCAAAAAGUUCCCUUAUAACUACAACCGUCUUGGAGUUAUUGAGUAGGUUUUUCCAUGGCUUCAAAAAAAUCUUGAUACGGUCAAAGGCUUUACCAAAAUCCAAAUAUCUUCGAAACUCAUGUACCGAUUUUAUUAAUUUCAAUUUCAUCUCAAAACUGAUGAAUUUCUUUACCAAAAAGUACCCUACAAGUUUCCUUAUAACUACAACCGUCUUCGAGUUAUUGAGUAGGUUUUCCAUGGAUUGGGAAGCUCAAGCCUUUUUGUAAAGCCUUGAUACCGUCAAAGGCUCUACAAAAAUCUAAAGUAACGUGAACAGCCUAAUUGGUAUUCAGCCUAUUCUAAAACGUGAACGCCAAAAAUAUCUCGCCUCUAUAAUAACGUGAACAAAAAAAUAUUUAUAUCGUUUGACCGUUUCACCCGUAGGCAUUAAGCGGCAUUUCCUAUGUUCCCUUUGUCGGCAACUUUAGUAGUAUAUGAAAUUUGCAUCUUAUUCAGUGUUUGUUCGCCGAUCAAUACGAAACAAGCACGAUGUCUACUAAGAAAGUAAAUUAUUUAACUCUGGAAAAAAAGCCCAACUCUUGUUUGAUGUUAGUAGAGGUUGCGGAGUUACCUUUUUAGCAAAAAAGUAUGGAAUAGCUAAAUCCACGGUGUGUGCAAUUAAGAAGAAAAAAGACCAAAUUACUUCAACAUUUGCCUUGACUUUUUUUGGACCAGGUAAACGAAAAUCUCUUAGACCUUCUGAAUAUCCAUUAAUGGAUAAGUGGUUUUUGCGACAACGAGAGAGGAAUGCACCAAUAAGUGCUUUAAUUUUAAAAGAGAAAGCCAAAUAUUUUCACGAAAAACUGUACGACAAAAAUUCCACUUUUUCUGCGAGCUCGGGAUGGUUGCAAAAGUUCAAGAAAAGAUUUGGCAUACGCUUAAUAACUGGUGAAAAACUAUCUUCUCAGCCCGAGCUGGUUUCACCAUUCUUACGUAAACUUGAAGAAAAAAUCAAGGACCUAAACUUAGACUAUAACCAAGUGUACAAACCGACUUGUACUGGAAGCUUUUACCCGGAAUCCAGUGAAGAAAAAAUUGCCCCUGGAAGAAAAACAGCCAAAGAAAGAAUAACGUUUCUAGCAUGUACAAAUGCGACUGGAUACGUAAAUUGACUCCUUUGGUAAUAAGGAAAGCUAAAAAACAACGAAGUUUUAAGAACUCUUACAUUCCUGUACACUACAAAAACUCACAGUCUGCAUGGAUGACUGACUCUGCCGGAAUUUUUAAGGAAUGGUUCAAAGAAAUUGUCUUCCAGAGAAAGCACUUCUUUAAUUGGAUAAUGCCCCCAGUAGAGGAACUUUUAUCUGAUGAUGGACUAAUUCAAGUUAUGUAUAUGCCUCCCAAUGUGACACCCUUAAUUCAACCUAUGGACCAAAACGUUAUUAGGUUGACUAAACUGCAUUAUCGCUCCAUGUUUUUGGCAAUGGUUGUAGCUAAUAAAUCUAAGGACAUGAAUGUCAUUAUCAAACAAUACAACCUCAGGAAUGCUAUUUUAAACUUAUCACGAGCAUGCAAUAAAUUAGAACUAGCAACCAUUAAAAAGUGUUGGAAAAAUAUUUUCGAAAGCCAAAGCAAUGAUAAUCGUGAAGACACAAUACCCUUGGCAACUCUGAAUAAGCCUGAAUAGCAUUGUAGAGACUAACCUCAAUUUAUUAGAAGAAAUUGAUCAAGGGCAAGACUUCGAACGUCGAGAUACGGAAGUAUUACGCGGUUUAAAUAUAAGGACAAUAAUCUUUUUGUUACUAAGCACACUAAGCCAUCUUGCUGUUGUAGAAUUUUGUAUUUCAGGAUUGUUGAGGUCAUCAAGGAUUGUUGGCCAGGAAGUUAUGAUCAUUAUUUUCCGAGGGCGGAAAAGAGAAUUAGGAUGGCCGAAUAUUACGCGGUUUAAAUAUAAGGACAAUAAUCUUUUUGUUAUAUAGGUUCGAAAUAAGUGUCAGUUAUUUAUGGGAAAAGUAAUGAUGUGCGGCACUUAAGAAGUACGUAGUGAUAGCCGAGAAAUAUUAGUUUGUAACUUGAUACUUUGUUUAGGUUAAAAAGGUUUAGAGGAUAAUGCGUAUUUUUGUAAGAAGGAAAAACAGUUCGAUAUGAAGUCGUGGCGGAUAAAGAUUAAAAUAAAAGUUGAUUGAAUUUAGACAAAAGAGUUUGUUUUCAUUAAAACUUCUAACAGAAGAAUGGAAUAAAGAUGACUUCGUUGAACAUCAUGAGAAUUGUACUGCAGUGUCUAAUGAUUCAGAAACCGAACAGGAUUAAGAUCCAGAGGUUUCUCAAGCUAUGGAUAAAGUCACUCACGUUGAGGCAGUUCGUAUAUUUAACAGAGGUCUAGAAUAGGCGGAGCAAAACAAUGCCGAUUUCGAGGAUAUUCAGUCUUUACACAAAUUACGUGAAUGUGCAACUAUUCUUUCAAACAAACAACGUAUCCGUUAAAGUUUGAUAACUUUUUUCUAAAAACAACGGAUUAAAUAUAAAUAAUGUACAUUGUACUUACUUACAUACAUAUACUUACCUAUAUAAUAAAUAUUUUUUUCUUUAUACCAUGUAUAAACAUAAACAUUUUCAACUAAGUAUUACUAACUGUAUAACAGGUUUUUGUUUGGUUUUCCAAUAAAAUAUAUAUUCAAAGUACAUAUACGUGUUAGUUUAUCAUGCGAUUAACUUUAUCCAGUAACAUGAACACAGUCAUCCCUAAUUAGUUCACGUUAUCGAGACUCUACUGUAUCUUGGAAACCCUUUUACUGUUUUUAUCGAUUUUGGUUGCAUAUGAAAGCUGAUCAAUUUCUUUACUAAAAAGGUUCUUAUAAGUUUCCUUGUAACUGCAACCAUCUCUGAGUUAUUGAGUAGUUUUUCCAUAGAUUCAAAAAAAUCUUGAUACUAUUAAAGGCUUUACAGAAAUCUAAAUAUCUUAAAAAUGUAUGUACGGAUUUUACUGAUUUCUGUUUUAUAUUAAAGCUGAUGAGCUUAUUUACCAAAAAGGUCCUUACCAGUUUCCUUGUAACUACAACCGUCUUGGAGUUAUUGAGCAGUUUUUCCAUGGGUUGAAAAAAUCUUGAUACUGUUAAAUGUUUUACCAAAAUCCAGAUAUCUUAGAAACUCAUGAACCGAUUUUAUUGAUUUUAGUUUCAUCUUAAGGCCGAUGAGUUUCUUUACCAAAAAGGUACUUACAAAUUUCCUUGUAACUAGAACCUUUUUGGAGUUAUUGACGAGUUUUUCCACGAAUUGAAAAAAUCUUAACACGGUCAAAGGCCUUACAAAAAUCGAAAUAAUUUUAAAACUUUUCUCAUUUGGGACAUCUUGUAUUAGAAACAACUGUCUCGCGUUGGUUAAUAAUAAGCAUAAAUAAAGAUGUUAUAUUUAUCACGAGGCAAGAAUAAUUAUAAAGAAAUGUACAAAAUAUAUAUGUAUAGUUAUA